CAUCUCUUUCCGAAACAGGUAUUUCUUACUAGCUAAGCAACAAUGGAAAUCCCAGCGAAAGCAGGUAAAAAGGAUCCCCCAGAUGGGCUGUGGAAAGAAGAGAAAAUGUCUACCAGUGAAGCACUUCUAGACUAUCACUUGCAAAUAAAGGAGAAUAUAAUAGAACGAUUGAUGGCUCAGAUGAAGAAUCUUGGAGAAAAGAACCAGAAGUCUCAGGAUAGAAACGGACGCUUAAAGGAUGAACAGAUUUGGCACAUACGGAACCUACUAAAGGAACUGAGUGAAGAGAAGGCAGAAGGAUUAAAAGUAACAAGAGAGGAUGUUGAAACAGCAAUGAAAGAAAAGUGGAAGUUUGAAAGAGACCAGGAACAAAACUUAAAAGAUAUGCGCUCACAAAUAAGUAAUGCUGAGAAACUAUUUCUUGAGAAACUCAGUGAGAAGGAAUAUUGGGAAGAGUACAAGAAUGUAGGGAGUGCACAACAUGCUAAACUCAUUAUCUCCUUACAAAAUGACAUCAAUAAAGUGAAAGAGAAUGCGGAA